AUGUUCAGCCGCAAGAACUGGAUGUUGGAGGACAACAGUGCCCUGCCAGUCAACGCCAAUAGUAGGGAUCAACAAGUGGCCUCAUCGCAGGGAUUGGAUAGGCCCUUAUCCGGCACCCCGCGGGCCUUUAUGGAAUACGCCGUUCAGCAGGCCAACCCGGGACCACAACGCGUCUACCGGAGAUACACACGGCGUUCCUCUUGGAGCAGCCUUUCUGCUGCAGGCGACAGUGCCGCCGCCAGCAUCGCUUCUAGUUUGACCGGGCCCUAUCCCCGACUGACGAUUAAUGCGCGGGAACGACGAAGAAUGCACGAUCUGAAUGCAGCCCUGGAUGAACUUCGCAGCGCCCUUCCCUACGGUCACAGUCCGUCAGUGCGAAAACUCUCCAAGAUUGCAACUCUUCUGUUGGCCAAGAAUUACAUUCUCAUGCAGGCGAAUGCCCUCGGUGAAUUACGACGACUUUUCGUCCUGCUGAAGGAGAGGAAUUUGCUUCCGGUUAUCCUAGCCGCAGCCCCAACACCCUGCAUGCCAGUUGGCUCUACUCCGGCGGUAGAUUUUGCCCAGAGGAGAAAUGGCAAGUGA